AUAAAUGUGAAAUGGUUUGAUACAGUAAUGUUUUACUAUGUAAUUUUAAUGUAUUUAGUGAAUGUCACUUUUUGUCAUUUUCAAAUUUCCCACCGUUCCGUCCCCAUACGUCCCGACGCUCGCAGGGGACGGAACCCAGAUGACAGAUGCCGGCAUCCGCCAGGGGACAUUGCCGGGGACACUGCAGGAGGGACAUCGCGGGAGCACAGGACAAGGUAAGUGAAGAACAGAUCCCAGAGCAGCGCCGCAUGGUAUUCCCAAGCGUAGCUUGGGGUUAUUGCUUUUGCUACACUCGUGAAUACCGCCAGGGGGGUUA